AUGCGGACCGCGCUCUCCGUCUACCGCGCGCUCGCGCUCUGGGUCUUGUGGGUCCGGCGGCUGCUCGCCGGCGGCGGUGGCACCUCCACACUUGCCGAGCAGCGGGUCGCCAGCGGCCAAGCUUGGGACGAGUUUUGCGACACACUCAAGGCCGCCGGCGCGACGCUCGUGGCGCCGGGCGCGCCGCAGGAUCCGCUCAAUCAGGCUGAGGGCUACCGCUACCUCUCCCGACUUCUCCGCGCCGGCCUCGAAAACUUUAUCGAGUGCGCCGACCCGGAGGGCGCGCCGCAGCUGUGCGCGAUCGCGAACGGCAGCCGCGCGGCGCGCAUCUGCAUCGGCUCCGACAACCCGGACAACCUCUACGAGAACGCGACGCUCGACGGCUCGCUCGAGUACGUCGUGACCGGCACGCGUGGCACGGUCGGCUACCUGGGCUUCGGCACGCAGUCCGGCCAAUACGGCGGCAAGGGCGGCUUGCGCACGGUGGACUACCUCGAGGCGGAGCAGCUCGCGAUGUUCAUCGUGCGGCAGACGUUUGGGAUCCGAGCGUCGGAGCAGCCCGCCCGGCUCUCGAUUGCGCGGCGCCACGGCGCGGGCGAGCCGUCAUCGCGUGGCGGCGGCGGCGGCGGACCGACGCCGCUCAGCGCGGCCAAGCUGGACGAGGGCCUGCAGGCGACUGCGGCGGGCGGCGACCCGAACAUCCGGUACUACCACUCGUACUGGCGACUGCCGCCCGGCUUCGUGCUGCGCGUCACCGCGCGUCCGCCGGCGUGCCGCUGCUGGAACUUCCAGCUCAAUAACCACUGGAUGGAGAGCCUCGACUACCGCCACCACCCCGUGCACACCAACUCGACGCUCGCGCGGCCCGACGCGUCCGACCCGUCGCUGUACACGCUGCUCGUCUCGCACGCCGACCCGAACGCCGACGGCACUUUCCGUGGCAACUUCAUCAGCACCGUCGGCCACCAGCAGGGCACGAUGUGCUUCCGAUGGGUCGGCGUCGCCCCGCACGCCGACGGCGACGCGCUGCCGCACCCGAAGGCAGACCUCAUCCCGCUCGACCAGCUCAUGCGCGGCGGCGUCUGA